CGGACAUUUUAUGGUGGCGGACCAACAUGGCCACACUCAAGAGAGGGGCAGCCUACCUCAGUUAUCUCAGGAGUUCUGCUCGUGUCCUGUUCAGCUGCAAAAAACCUGCAGUGCAUAGACUGGGGAAAUGGACAAAUGUUCUGUACACAAGUAUAGCUUCUUUAACUGCUGGCAGUGCGCUGUGUGCUGUACCUUUCAAACAGGUUGAUACCCUCUCUCAUGACUCUCUGAUCAGACGAGCAGCCUCUCUGGUGACAGACAGUUCCAGCACUUUCCUCUCACAGACCACCCUGGCUCUCAUAGAUGCCAUCACAGAGUACUCAAAAGCUGUGCACACACUCAUUGCACUCCAAAGACGAUAUCUGACCUCACUGGGAAAACUGAGUCCAGCUGAAGAGGAUUCGAUUUGGCAGGUGAUCCUUGGCCAGCGUGCAGAGGUUAAUGACAGACAUGAUGAAUGCAAGCGCUUCGAGUCAACCUGGGUCAGCGCAGUUAAGAUGUGUGAGACGGCAGCUGAGGCAGCCUACACAUCCGGAGCUGAGCAUGCGUCCAUCACGGUGAGGACAAACGUUCAGGUGGCCCUGUCGCAGGUGGAGGAGGCACAGAAACUGUCAGCGGAUGCAGAUAAGAAGCUGGCCGAGACCAAAGUAAUGGAGAUUGAAAGGGUGGCGAAAUAUGCUGCGGCCCAGAAUAAUCAUGAUGAGGAAGAGGUGCCCGAGGCUUAUCUGAGAGAAGACUGAAACAAACAGGUAUCAGAAAACAGAAGAAAGCAUAAAAAAGAUUGAUACACUUUCAAAGUUGAUUGUUUAUUGGUUAAUUGUUUUAAUCACCCCUACAGUGUUUUUCAUGUUGAGCCUAUAUUUGACUAUGUGAUUUGCCAUGUCACAUUUGUAGUAGAUUGUCCACAAAUGUAUGUGCUCAUAAACUGAAAGAGUGUAUCACACAAAAUGAGGACAAACGUUUCCAUAUAAGGGUUUGGUCACUUAUAGGAGCUAUUUGUAAGUUAUUUGCUACAUAGCCAACGUUAGCAUUAACAGCUAUUUACUUAGUCUAGAAGAAAUUUUGUGAGUUCAGCAUUAAACUUGCCUCUGUCUUGUCAAACUGUCUCCAGCGGUGGAGAGCAACAUCAACGUUAACUCUUGUCUCUAUCACAUCUUUUCGUCAACUGACGUUAGCACG